AUGGCUGCUUUUGAAGAAUACAUCCUCCCAGCCGUCAACCAACUACAACGCUUCAUCCCGCCUCCUAUACUCCAGAAUAUUUUCACAUACACACAACUCGCCCGGGAUCACUGGCAAUCUGCGCAACUUACAUAUAUCGAACCGUAUAUUAUCACGCCGAUAAACGCGCUUCUCAACUCCCCACCCGACCUCUUCUCAAUACUUGCUCUGCUUCUCAUUUUUAUCAUUUCACUCAAGAUCCUGGACUAUGCGCGGCGGGUCAUUAUGUUUUGGGUUAUGUUGGUGUUCCGGUUGGUGUUUUGGGGUAUAGUUCUGGGGGUCGCUUGGUAUACGUAUAAUGUUGGGUGGGAAAAGGUAUGGUAUGAUGCUGCGUGGGCGUUGGGACUGCUGGAAGGGUUUAUACAGCAGAUGAUAGCGAAUAAUUCGUCGGCUGGUGGGAGUUCUGGGACAGCGGGUGGGUGGAGAUCACAAGAUCAAUGGAGGAGCUCGCAGAGAAGGCCGUGGAGGUGA